UUGAACUGGCUGCUGUGGUUGUUGUGUUCAUAUUGUUGCAGCAGCGGCCGGGGAUGAGGUUAUCUACUCUGGAUUUCAUAUAUCCUAUUAUAUUACACCAUUUUCUCAAAGAACUUUAGUCAGAAAAUGACAACGCCCAACAAAACCCCACCUGGUGCUGAUCCCAACCAGCUAAAAAGAACUGGCACUGUACGAGAAAUUGGCUCACAGGCUGUUUGGUCUUUGUCUUCCUGUAAACCAGGAUUUGGAGUCGAUCAGUUACGAGAUGACAAUCUUGAAACCUACUGGCAAUCGGAUGGAUCUCAACCUCAUUUAGUGAAUAUUCAGUUUCGAAGAAAGACUACUGUGAAGGCUUUAUGCAUUUACGCUGAUUACAAGUCAGACGAGAGCUACACACCAAGUAAAAUAUCGGUCAGAGUUGGAAACAACUUCCACAACCUUCAAGAGAUUCGGCAACUUGAAUUGGUGGAGCCCAGUGGUUGGAUACACGUCCCUUUAACCGAUGCACAUAAGAAGCCUAUUCGAACCUUUAUGAUUCAGAUAGCAGUUUUGGCAAAUCAUCAGAAUGGGAGAGACACACACAUGCGACAGAUUAAAGUGUUUACACCUGUAGAAGAGAGCUCCAUUGGCAAAUUCCCAAGAUGUACAACCAUUGAUUUCAUGAUGCAUCGUUUCAUCAGGUGAUCUAACCAAGAUCCAAUAAAUGGCUAACACCAACAUUUUCACAUAUGAAAACUUUUAUUUUUUUAUUGUUGAAAUAUAUUAUUUUAUUGCCUAACACCAAGUUCAUGUUUUUAAUUUUCAAGCUAUUUUAGCCUUCUGGUUUGAUUAUUGUGGUUGUCGCUCUCUUUUUUUUUUAUUAUUAUUAUUAUUAUAAUGUUUACAUUUUUACAAAGUUGCAUUUCUGAUAAAGAUAGCUGAAUUCAUUAUCUCCAACAAAAGACCUACACAUGAACAGCAUUGCUCUUUAUGCACUUUUACUUUUGUUUUUAAUUUGUAAGUUGAGGAUAACUUUUGUUCUUUAGGUAAAUUUUAGCAAAUGUACUAAUGUGUCCUAUAAAACAUUUAAUAAUAUACUUAUGUUAAUAUAAUAAUGGAAGUGCCAUCAUAAGUAUUCUCUUAUUGGGAAAGGGCUGAAAAGUAAAUGUUAGAGAAUUAAACAGCAUCAUAUGGUAAGCUUUUAUAGCUUACGUGACAUUUGCUGUGGGAAAUUUGUUUAACAUGAAAAUGUAUAGGAUGGCAGCCCGUGACAUGCAUUAUUUGUCAAAAAAAAUAAAUUAGAGGUUAUUGUAAGAAAAUAAUGGGAUGUUAGUCUACAUGAUGCGAAUCUGAUACUUUUUCUCUCUGUUAAUUGUAUUGAUGAAACAUUUGAGUUUUAUGUUUCUAGAUUUGUGUUACAUGGAGUAUAGCACAUUUUGUUUUUAGUGGAAAACAGUAUUUAGUAUCUUGUACCAAACAUCAUUUUUCUCUUUUGUAACUUAAGACACUUUUUAUCUCUGUAUAUCGUUUCAUAUUUAAACAUGUUCCAUUAAAAAAAAAUAAGAUUAUUCAA